AUUUCUAUAAUCCGCACCACCACAGUAGGACACACAGAAAAGGGGAAAUCACUACAUUCAUGGAGAUGCAAUCGGUUCUUGUCAAGGUUUGGGUGACAAGUCUAUUGCUUGGGAUCUUUACUAUAAUCAUACACCUGUUUGAUACUCUUAUAUUGAAGCCAGGAAGGCUUCGUUCUAGGCUACAAAAGCAAGGAAUUCAGAGUCCUCCAUCGUCCAUGCUGCUUGGAAAUCUCCGAGACAUAAAGAAGACACGAUUGAAGGCGUCAAAGUCAUUGGAAGAAGGAGAACAAGUGAUAACCCACAAUUGUUCUUCACUGGUGUUUCCAUACUUCGACAAAUGGAGAGAACAAUAUGGUUCAACUUUCAUGUUUGCACUGGGAAACACGCAGAUUUUGCACAUAAGCAACCCAGAUUUACUGAAGGAAAUAAGCAUAAGCACUUCAUUGGAUUUAGGAAGGCCUUCCUAUCAACAAAAGGCGCUUGGACCUUUGCUAGGACAAGGCAUAGUGGCUUCAAAUGGAGCACUAUGGGCACACCAAAGGAAAAUCCUAGCUCCUGAAUUCUACAUGGAAAGAGUCAAGGGUAUGGUGAAAUUAAUGGUGGAGUCCUCAAUUGAGAUCGUAAACUUAUGGAAUAGCAAGAUUGACAGUGAAGGUGGAGUCGCAGACAUAAAGAUUGACGAUUAUAUGAGAAGUUUUUCUGGUGAUGUUAUCUCAAGAGCUUGUUUCGGGAGCAAUUACUCCAAAGGGGAAGAGAUUUUCUCGAAAAUUAGAGCUCUAAUAGAUUACAUGCCUGCAAGAGUUUUGUAUCUGUCAAUUCCUGGAAUGAGAUAUCUUCCUAUCAAGAUCAAUAGGGAAACGUGGAGAUUAGAGAAAGAAAUCCGCACCCUAAUCUUGCAGGUUGUGAAGGAAAGAGAGGAAGGAACAUCAGAAAAGGACCUCUUACAAAUGAUCCUUGAAGCUGCUAAAAGCAGUGAUUCAGGCCAAGAUGCAGCAAAUCGCUUCAUUGUUGAUAAUUGCAAGAACAUAUACUUGGCAGGGUACGAGACCUCUGCAGUGACAGCAACAUGGACAUUGAUGCUAUUGGCCUUAUAUCCAGAGUGGCAGGAAAAAGUUCGUGAAGAAAUUCUUGACAUUUGUAGGGGUGAAUUACCAAAUGCCGACGUGCUCCUUAGGAUGAAGACACUAACUAUGGUGAUUAAUGAGGCGCUUCGGCUCUAUCCUCCGGUCUCUCUCAUGACUCGUGAAGCACUCGAGGACAUCAAAUUAGGGAAUAUAAAUGUGCCCAAAGGAGUUAAUCUUUGGAUAUUGGUAGUGACACUUCACAAAGAUCCUAAUAUAUGGGGGGCUGAGGCUGAUAAAUUCAACCCUGAAAGAUUUGCCAACGGAGUUACUGGGGCAUGCAAGUUUCCUCAUGUAUAUAUGCCGUUUGGUACUGGAUCACAUACUUGUUUGGGACAGUAUUUUGCCAUGGCAGAGCUCAAGAUACUUCUUUGUCUUUUACUCUCAAACUUCAGCUUCUCUCUCUCACCAAGAUAUAGACAUUCUCCAGCUAUGAAUUUGAUUAUGGAGCCACAGUAUGGAGUGGAUCUCCAGGUCAGGAAGCUCUAGCUCAGUGCUGUAAACCAUUUUGUAUUUAUUUUUUGUUACCUAUAAAUGAAUUGAUAGGUAAUGAUACGAAAGUACUUAUGGCAUA